AUGAUACCUGAGUGUUGUUAUAGGCAUCCAAGCAAGAAAUAUAGAUACUGGUGUCGGACAUGUCAGUGUCCAAUCUGUUUCAAAUGUAGUGUUCACCGGAGUCAUGAAAAAGUGGACUUUGUGAAGACUUUCAAAACCUACAAACAACAACACCGAGACAGAAUUAUUCACAUUAGCAGCGAGAUUAUUCCAUACAAUCAUGCUCUCCUGACACAAAUUAAGUCCGAUUUUAAAAGAUGUCACUCAAAAAUACGCAACCUUCAGUUGCAGAUGGAUUAUAAGGUCCAGAGUCUGAAGAAUCAUGUGGAUGCAUAUUCAUUUUUUAAAGACAUAAGUGGCUCAAAUCUUUAUUUUGACUCGCAAUUGCAACAAGUACAGAAUGUUACAAACAUACAUAAAUAUUUACAAAGAUAUGAAGAGCUAGGUAACAGGCCAGUUCAAUUUCUCUUCUUCAUAAAGAAAGUCCCUUCUCCCAAGUUGAAAAGCAUUCCCGGUACAUUAGUGCUAUCCCUUUUCGACGAAAUUAACAUUCAGCAUAUUGCAGUGUUGAUUGGAAAGAUUCAGGUCCAUGAAACUCGAAAAAGAAAAGAAGAGAAGGAGGAAUUGUUUGAAGUGAUGUCUAGCCCUGUUUUACAGAAAUUGUUUACUGUGAGCGACAUUAGAGGUGGUAUAAGUCACAUUUCCUGUGCCUUGCCAGACCAGGCGUGGGUCAAUGAUAAUAACAAUCUUAUCUUAAUCAAUACAACAGGAGAAUCCCUUUCUCUGCUAAAAGAUAUAUCCAGUCCGUAUGGCAUUCACACAGUGACAAGAGACGGUGAUCUAACUUAUAUAGAUAAAAAUUCAAAUGUAUUUGUACUGUCUGCAAAGAACAAAACAAAGACUCCAUUAAUGAAGAUGAAAGAGCCAUGGACUCCCCGUUGUGUUUUCUGCUCCCCAUCUAACGGUGAUCUUUUUGUGGGGGCGAUUUGGUAUAACAAAAUCAAACAGAGGUAUUCAGAGGCAAAUGUAACCCGACAGCGAAGGACAACAUCUCCAAAUUAUUCAGCACAAUGA